GCUCGCAAUUAAAGCGCGCGUGUAAUGCAAGCCGUAUUAUUUUAUUGCUUGAAUAAAAACAGUCGACGGCGGGCGGGGCGCGGAUAGCUUAUUGCUUAUCAGUUUGAUAUCGCGGUGUUUGAUUCGCCGGGUGGCGCGACGCCCCAGGGCGAGGCGGGGCCAAGGAGGGGAGCUCGCGCGCGCCUCGCCAUUCCGCCGCGAGCCGUGUCGCACGACGCUUGUCUGUACCUCCCGCACCGUCCCAUGCCGUGCUGACCGCGUGUGCCCAGUGAGUGACCGUGUGGUGAGACUCUUCCCGUGCCCGUGCAGUAAAGCCGUCAAGAUUCGCGUGAAGAACCGGGAACCGGUCCCGGCCUAUGCCAUGGCCGACGGCGACCGAGACUCCGACUUAGGCGACGACAGCCCCGUGUUGUAACAUUGCAGUCGGCGCGAUCUGACGGCGACUCGUCGGGCGACCAGUCGGGCGACAGCUCGGACGAGGGCGUCGGGCGCGACGUGCCCCAGCCACUGCACCUGCACCAGCCAGUCAACAUGAACCACCACAACCACCACCCGCUGAACCAGCCGGGGCUCACCAGGAACUCGCCGCGCCCGCACGAGACUAUCAAAGUGCGAGACGACUUCGAGUCGCUCAAGUCGUCUCUCCACCCGCAUCUCUCGUCCCUGGCGUCGCUGGCCCAGGGGGCGCCACUGUCGGCGCCGAGCAGCGUGUUCGCGCUGGCCGGGGGCGGCGGGGGCUUCCCCUACGCGCCCCCGGCGUUCCUCGCCCCCGCGCCGCCGCCCCCCGCGCCCCCCGCCGGCUCUGCGUCCAGCUCCUCGUCCGAGGGCAGCGCGGCGGGCUGGAGCUUCGAGGAGCAGUACAAGCAGGUCCGUCAGCUGUACGAAAUCAGCGACGACCCGCAGAGAAAGGAGUUUCUAGACGACCUCUUCUCCUUCAUGCAAAAAAGAGGGACUCCAAUAAACCGGCUGCCGAUAAUGGCCAAGUCCGUGCUGGACCUGUACGAGCUCUACAACCUGGUGAUCGCCCGCGGCGGGCUGGUCGAGGUCAUCAACAAGAAGCUCUGGCAGGAGAUCAUCAAGGGGCUGCGGCUGCCCUCCUCCAUCACCUCUGCAGCCUUCACGCUGCGCACGCAGUACAUGAAGUAUCUGUACGACUACGAGUGUGAGAAGAAGAACCUAUCGACCCGCAGCGAGCUGGACGCGGCCAUCGAGGGCAACAAGCGCGAGGGCCGCCGCGCCUCCGGCCAGUACGACGCGCAGGCCGCCAUGGGCAUGCCGCAGCUCAGCCGCGGAGUGCCGGCGUCGCUGGCGCAGCUGUCUCAACACAUGCAGCCUCUCUCGCUCUCACUCGGGGGGGUGCCGCGCCUGCCCCCGCUGCCCCCGCACGCCCCUCACCUCGCCCCGCACGAGCUCGAGUACCGAGUCAGAGAGUACAUGAAGCUCAUUCAACAGCAACAGCGCGACUUUAGACGGAACGGUUCAGAAUCCCCGCCCAGCUCAAACGGGCCUCCCUCGGGGGUGAUAUCGCCCCGGGACGCGGCUCUGUCUGCGCUGGACGUGUCCCGCCUCACUCUGUGGUCUCUCUACAACAACAACAACAACAACUCGCCGCAGCCGGACAUCGAGCCGCAACGGUUAGUUCAUUACCGCGAGGCGCUAAACCUAAGCGAGAGUCCGAACUCGAACUCGGGUGUUUGCGUGAAGCGCGAGGCGUGCCGCUCGCCGCCGCCGCCGGCCAAGCGCCGCACCCCCGCGUCCCCCCGCGCCCCCAGCCCGCCCCCCGCGCGCCCGCACAGCCAGCCCCCGACGCCCGUCAACGGCGCGCACGGGGCCGCCUUCAAGAUCACUACUAGAGGUGACGCCAACACAGGCGACCAGCAACUAGUGGUAUCCAUAGAGCUGAACGGAGUCACCUACGAGGGCGUCCUGUUCCCUUCAGCACAGAACGGAAGUUCACCAUCCACACAACACAGGCCCAUGGUCUCCUAGACGACCAGCCCAGCGGUCCCCCAGGACCUUACAGUGUAGCCUAGAACAAGGGUCAACAGAAGUUGGUUAAAGAUUGCAACGUUCGGUCCGGGCAACUUUGUUUGUGUCCGGUUCUUUGCUUCUCUGAUAUGCCUUUGGAGACAGAAUUGCAGUAUUAAGUGGGAUGUUUUGGUCCAUGUGUAAGCUAUAAAAGCGUACAUGUUGAUUAGAAGCGGGUUUGUUGGUUUGCACAAGCAGAAUAAUGGCGAAGGAUACAUUAGAGGAGUAUAGGGUUUUCGGACAGUAAAGUAAAAUUACCCCGAUUUUUUUAUUCAUUUUGGUGUAGAAAACUAUCAUCAUCGUUUUGUAAUACGUCAUUCAUUGCACUAAUUUUAGUAGACGGUUGGGGUAUUAGUGAAACCAAAGUUAGCUUUAAAAAGGCAGUUACAUGUAGGUAAAAAAGUAGUGUCGAAAUCAUGGAUUUUGAGAUUGCUGAUUCAAGAAUUAUCUGAAGUGUAAGCCAGGUAGAACAGUCAACGUAUCUCUAUCUUGACUAUGAAUAGAUCUCAAGAACCGUUUGGCCAAAACAGACACCGACAUCCAACCUGCCUAACGUUGAUCGGACGACUGCCAUCUCUAACCAACUUCUGUCAGACCAAAUUGAAUUUUUAAUUUUCGAAUUGACAAAAGCAAAAUUUGAUUCUUUAGUACAAAAAGUUUUUCUACAUGCGAUGUUUGAAAUUUUUACUCCAGAAUUUGUUUUCGUUUUAAAUGUGAUUAAGUUUUAUCUUGGAUAUUUUCAUUUAUUUAUAGUGAUUAUUUUUAAUGUUUUAUACGAUGUCACUGCCUUGAGGGAAAGCCGAGUUAUUUGAGUGAAAAUAACACCAGUUUUUCCUUCUUAACAUUUAUGUUUCCGAGCAUAAUUUUAAUAUUUUUGUAUGGCAUGUAGAAAUUGAUACUGAUUUUUUGUAAAUAUAGUUUUGUGACUAUAUAUUAUUUAUAUUUUAAAUAUAAGUGGGUGACAGAUGAAUGGUGUCUUCGUGGUUGAAGAGAGGAUGAUAGAUGGCUCGUUGUGUUUUGAUGUACAUUUUUGUAAAUAGUUACGUUAUUUUAGAUAUUUUGUUUUAUGCUAACUUGGAUACACCGCUAUACAAUAUGUAGAAUGUGUAGGCGAUUAUAUACUUCAUAUUUUAUUCAGAAUAAUGACUAACAGGACACAAGGUUUAGUGCUACAGUAACAGACUUGUGUAUGCCUACCUUAAAGUUCGUUAGUUAUUUUUAUGAAUAAGGGGGUUACUUCUUUGUAAUUGAAUGUGCAUAUAUUUUAUGUGCCUAAUAAUUGAAAAGCUUCAGUAUUGUACUUAGGGUUAAUUUAUAAACUGAAAAGGUUUAUAGAUGCAUUAAGAUGCCAGUUUUAGAGACGAUAGUACGUAUUUAAUGUUCAAUAUUAAUGAUAAUCACGGUAUCAAUCGAAUAUUUAUGUAAUUUUCCAUAGUUGUAAGCGUAGAUUUAUCGCCAUUGCUUCAUGGUCUAGCCUACAAACAGAGUCGGCCAUAAUUUGAGAUAGUAUGAUAAUUAAUUAAACCAAAUUAAAUAAAUAUGUGCAAUUUUAAAUUACUUACGUGCAAUGUCACUGAAAAAUUCAUUAUUUCGUGACAAAGCACCAGAUUUUAAUGUAAAGACAUGGUAAAUUUUUAGAAAAUUAUAAGUACUUAAAUCACAAUACAAGUUAAGAUUUAACUAAAUAAAUAGAUGUGCCACGACCUAGGUAGAAUGGCGUGAUUCUAAAAGGAAUUAGGUAGUUAGUGUAAACGCAACUUAAUAAAAAUUGGCUUUUUACAUAUCGAAAGCUGUACAGUUGUGCUUCAGUAGACUGAACAUAGAUUUAAUUUUUAAUCUUCGAAUAAAUACUUUAUAAAUAGUGAUAAAUAAAUGUUUUUAACUUAAAUGAAAAUAAGGUUUUUAUAGAUUGAUGUUUAAAAUUUUAAUUAUCUGUGGUAGUUAUCGAGCCAUAGGGUUCGUUUCGUACCUACAUAUGUAUGUAGAAUAUGAUAAGUACAUUCCCGACAAUGUACAUAAUGUUAGAACAACUUGGUACUCAAACAGGCCUACAUUGUAUCGCGGCCGUAAUAUCUUAAUAAACCAAAUAUUGCACUAAAAUUUGUCAUGUAUUCGACUUAUAUGUGAAUAAAAUAUUAUGAAUAAUUUCAA